AUGCACCGCUCUGUUAUUGUUUGGGUGCCGUCCAACAUGGCGGCCGCUGGCUGCGUCUUCCACAGAACCCUGACCCGGGUCAGAACCGGGACAAACAACAACCAGACGCCCUCGUCUUCUCCUGCUGUCUGCAGGGAGUCGCUGUAUGUGGUGGACGUGCUGCGGUACACCAGAGACCAGGGCUCAUCCGUCUACUUCCCGCAGGCUGUCCUCAACGGUGACGACCUGUUUGAUGUUAUAUUGACGGAUGGAGACUGUCGGCUUCAGGUCACUCUGGAUCCCGGUCUGAACCGCCUCGUGGAGCAGAAUGUCCUGCGUCCUGGAUCGACGCUACGCGACGCCACCUUUGUCCCCGCCAUGUCCGCCCAGCGCCCAGCAUUCACUGAGGCGUCGGAAGAGAUGGAAAGCUACAGACUGACGAGCGUGGAAGUCAGAGGUCAGAGUUUGCGGGACGGUGAAGAAGGAGCAAGGAGGUUGGACCAAGACUCUCUGCCCUGGUUUGGAUCGUCCAAACCUGCAGGACCUCUGGUUCCUCUCAGAGCCACUAGGGGCGUGUUUCUCCCUCUGUGGAACAACGUGGACUACAGUGGUGAUGUGUGGAGGGAAACGCCGUCCACUGACGAGGAGGAGGACGAGGUGGAGGUGGAGGAGGAGGAGGGAGCACUACGACCUGGUGUGACGGUGUCCGAACUGCGCGACGCAUUCCUGUCGGGACAUCGGAACGUUGUACGAUCAGCUGCCCAGCGACGGCUGAUCGUACGCAUCAUCAACAAGUCAUGCUUGGUGUAUUAUGGGAAACCAGACCAAUGGGGUAUCUGUCCGUAUAAGGCGGUGUUUGAGGUUUGCGACCGUACAGGAAGUGUCUGCGCAGUGCUGUGGACCAGCGUGCCUCUGCGCUGGUAUCGCUAUCUGAAGCCCGGUGAUGUCAUCAGCCUGAGAUGCUACCGAGUCAAGCGGCACUACCAGAUGGAGCUGGACGAUAUAGAGAUCAGCGUGAACAGUCGGAAUCCUACUGCACACAUAAAUGUUCUCCCAGAAUCCUCGGUUUCUCCGGAAUAUCUGCCACCUGAGCCGACCUACAACUUCCUCAACAGUGAGGACCUUGUGAACUGUCCUUGCGCCGCGCUGUGUGACGUCAUCGGUCUGCUGACGUUCUCGGGGCGGCCAGAGCGGAUGAGGGUGAAGGGCAGUCGAGGGGAGGAGCUUCUGGAGUAUCGCUGGCUGCGAUUGGAGGACGGGGCCAGCGAUCGUCCAAUCAUGGUGAAGCUGUUCUGCACGUCUCAACCUGAGACACAUAGCAGGCUCCACCCACUGUCUGUUGUCGUGUGUACGAGGCUGAAGUCGAUCAAAUCUGCAGAUGAAACCCACGGCUGCUUCUUCCUGACAAACACGACGUACACACAGGUUUACUGCACAGGACGAGGCGACCACUCGCGGAUGACUUAUCGUAAACUUGGUCCGGUGCGACUUUUCCUUCAGUGGCUCAGGAGCCAGGAUGACGGACAGGUGCUGAGCCGGGCUCUGAUUGGAGGCUCCUUUGUGUCCCCGCCCCCUCCCAUUUCCUUGGAAACGUACAUGAAAGAGCGGCGAGGUGAGCCAGGUUUCCUCCGAGGGGCGGAGCUUCAGAGGCAGUUGGAGGAGCUCAUGUACCGCGAGAGACGCACUUUCUGUAUCCAGGCAACGGUAACCAUGGUAGCGUACAGCUGCAGAGGACAGGAGGAUCGUUGUUUGUUCUGGACGGCACAAGCUUCGUCCCGCUGUCCCUCCUCGUCGUCCUCCUCCUCCUCCCCUCGUGUCUCUCACCCGUCUCCGUUCCUCCCUCCUCUUCCCUCCACCCCUCGUUCCUUCAGACCUCCUCUCUCCUCCGCCUCCUCCUCACCUUUAUCUCCGACCUCUUUGUGCUCAGCUGUCAGUCAGCUGACUCCACCUCCUCUGGACCACAGAGCAGGGAGGAGGAAGAGGAAGCAGCUGCUGCGGCCUGAGACUCCACGAAAGAGACACCCUCUGGUCACAUUACAGGAGGAAGAAAACAACCAGACAGUGAUUCUGUUUGAAGCCUCGAUGGAGUUCCUGGAAAACACCGUCAGUGAUGACAGCGAGGACGAUGACAGCAGCGUGUCCUUUGUCACCGCCCCCCUCCCUCUCGCCUUCACGCCCAUUGCCAUGGAGACGCUUCCGAUGCGUUAUGACCACGCCCACAGGGAGGAGCAGGCUGCCGCUGUAGCGAUGGGAGGGUGGGUAGAGCCUGGGAGGUUUGACUCCGCCUUUGAGGACUACUACACACUGAGACUCAGAGCUCUGUCCGACGGCGUGACGGUCGAUGCCAUCUUCCUCCCUCAUUCCUCCUCCUUUCCUCCCCUCCUUCCUCACACCAACACCUGGACCUCCAUCUUAUCACACGGAGCCUUCUCUUCACACCAACCUCCACCCUCACCAGCCGACCUCAUCAACAUGGCCGCCCAACUGACCAAUCAGAGGCUGGUGUGUGUGCUAGAGGCGUGUCAUCUGGGCGGAGGAAACGUGGAGCUGAUCCUGAGUCGAGCGUUUCACCUGCUCCACUAAAACACACGCGCACAGAUGCAUGAUGGGAGCUGUAGUUUUAUUUGAAAAAUAAUAAUUUCUAAAUUUUAUCACGCAUGAUGCACUUUCCUAUGUUUAUUUAUUUAUUUAUUUUUCCAGACAUGACACUUUACAUUACAUCACUUUUUUAUUAUUUAGUGUAUACAUUAAUGUAUAUAUGUAGUAUACAGGCGAUGUUCUCUGUUGUACUAAGACGACAGUAUUUCGUAUUUUCACUUAUUUUAAAUAUCGUUGCACAAGUGGAAACGUCUUUUUUUUUUACAUCGCUAAAAGCUACAAAAUUACUGAAAAAAUGUAACGAAGUUGUUAUCAUUUUUUACGUUUAAAAACUUCACGAUGUGGAGUUUGAUAUGAUUUUAAGAAAAUAAGUUCUGAUAAAGCAUAGUUCCUGUUUUUUUAAAGUGACUGCAUAAGGUGCUGACACAGGGGGGUGCUCAUGAGUCAGUACAUCAUACGACCACGCGGAAAAAAAAACCCGACAAAAAGUGUUUGAGACGGAUUAAGAAAAAUUUGUCAUAAAACUUUAACAUUUACUGUGACGGUGGCCCUACUUUUGCUUCUUUGUCAAUGUUUUUAUUUUAUUUUCGUGCUUGUUGCUGCUACUUUAGUUUUAAUGAAGGUUAACUUUUCUGAAGCGCUUUUGUUUUUUCAAAAGUUUGUAAAAAAUAAAAAAAAUUACUGCACAGAGAGAAAAAAAUGGUUGGAAACGUUAUUG